GGGCUGAAUUCAAAUCACACUGCACAGUGCACAGCUGAUGAUGCACUGCACAGUGAAUUUAAAAGUUCCCGCAUUUUAAAGAAUGGAGAAAACACAAGUUUUGAAUCGAAAUAUUCUAAUAAACAGUGCUCUAGCUUGUGAAUUGUGCUUUAAUGUUUACAAUCCCCGGUUAGGAAAACUUAUAGAAUCUUUACGAUGUAAAGCCCACAUUAACUGUCUCAGAUUUGUAAGCGAUUCAACAGACAGAGCUAAGUACACGGAAUUGAUUUCCAACCUUGAAAACACAAAUUGUGAACACUGUGAAAAAGAUCGAGCGACAGUUAAAUGUGAGAAUGAGAAGUGCUCAAAAUAUUUUCAUCUGAGCUGUAUCACCUCUGCUCAGGGCAGGAUAAACUAUUUAUCUGGAACCAUAACUUGCUCCCAGCACUCUACCCGGGAACCAUCCGGCGAAGGAACUUGUAGAUUAUGCAAUUGGGGAAUCAGGAACCAAGACAUAGUCAGGGUAUCAUGUUGCGAAAAGGUUCUGCAUUGUUCCUGUGUUCAGGUUCGAAUCUCUAGGAAGGAAUUAACAUGCCCUGGCUGCAGCAAUACAAAGGAGUAUCAAGAUUGUAUCCAGAGAAGCGGAGUCUACAUUUCCAACACAUAUAAAGAGCAAACAUUUCUUAACAACCUUCAGGAUGAAAUCAAAUCUAAUGGAAAGAUUUUUUAUUCAAAUCAAAAUGGACGAACGACGCCUCAUAGUCUAACUCAGAAUGGCGGCAGAACUACUCCAGGCGGCGGAAGAUCUACCCCAGGUGGCGGAAGAUCUACCCCAGGUGGCGAAAGAAUUACCCCAGGUGGCGAAAGAGCUACGCCAGUAAGCGGAAGGGCUAUCCAGGGCGGUGGAAGAGCUAACUCGGUAGGAGGAAGAGCUAACUCGGUAGGCGGAAGGGCUAGUCUGGUCGGCGGAAGAUCUACUCCGGUAGGCAGAAGAUCCAGCCUUGGCGGUGGAAGAAAUACUCCCGCCCCUGUUGACGGAGAAUUAACCUGUUUAGGUGAGUUUAUAACUCUGAAGGAUGAUGAGUCGAGUUCUCAAGGUGGAAGGAAAAGUUUGAAGGCUCCUGCUCCAGUUACUAACCAUGUUCUCAGAGCUGCGGUUCUUGUAAACCUUGUUACAAGUGAUUCCGAGGAUACAGAUGAUCCUUCCUUGUCUGUUCUAAACACAGAGAGAAACAAGAAACUUAGAGAACCUGUAGAACAGGUUUUGAUUCGGGGACCUAAACUCCUGAACUUGAAACAGAAAAGUGUACGAGAGAAAAGACGGCUUUCUGAAUCCUCAGUAAAAAAGAAGCUAGGGGAGAAACAAAAUAAACCUAAGCCUAGUACACCCAGGAGAACUCCAACUAGAACCCAAGGACGGAGUAAGCAGGGGAAGGAUAAACCGCACCGGACUAGUGAGGAGCAGGGAGACAAGAAUCCGUCUCGUCACUCCAGCGGCUCCUGCCAGAACGAAUUUCAGGAUUGGAGUGGAACCAACAAUUUACGUCCGGAACCAGACGAUUCCGGAUACUCAACUAAAUCUAGUUCUCUCUCUCCAAAACUUUCGGAUCCGUCCCUUAAACUCCAGUCCGAACCUUAUGGGCCUAUUUUCAACGUUGACAUUAUCGAAAAAUCCAGGUUGAACGCAGACAAAUCUGAGGUUCUAACUCCAACCCAGGGCCAGGUUCGGACUAGAUCUACUGAUCCGGGUGCUAACGUGAACGGGUUAACUUGUACCUGUGGAUUUUGUAUCGAGUGCGAAAUUCCUAUGCUGCCUGUUCUGCUCAAACCUAUUCUAACCAUUAAUAAUUAUACUGAGCUUAAUUCUGGCAAUGAUUCAGAGCAAUCCGUCUCCGAGAUAGACUGUGAUACCUUGAACCGUGUAUCCAGGAAGAGAAGACGAGGAUCAGAUGAGGAAAAUAUAGUCCCGGAGCUAGAAUUAAAGAAAGUCUGCAGAACAAGGAAGUUAAAAGAGAAAUGGAUCGCGUCCCCGGCAAGACUUAAGAAGAUUAAAGCAGAUGUCAAAAUGGAAUUGGACGACAUAAAUUAUCCUGUAUCUUCUCAUAUGUCUGAAAAAGAACCCCUGUUAAAAAGUAGAAAGCGUAAAGGAGGAGUGAACUCGGAUAUUGAGCUAGAUAUCCUGGAUAACAUGGAGACUGAGGAUUCCAGUCAGUCAUACGAGGUUGAGCUGAAUAAUUCCUCGGCGGGUGAAAAAUUCAUAUCCAAGAUAAGAAAGAAAUCUUCUAAAAGAGUUGUAGAGGAUAACAAUGCGCGGGGGCGGAAUCUAGUAAGACCAUCUUCUCUAACUAAGACCAGAAGGAAGAAAAGUACCUCCGAACCAGAGACAACAGUUCCUAGUCCUGAGAAAUCAUCUGUAAUAAGAAACCCCAAUUCUAAGUCCAGCUCAAACAAAGAUUUCCACAACACAAAGCGCGACGAAAUAUUGGAGGGAAAAGAUAAAUCUACUUUGGACAGUUUUAAAAAUUAUUUAGACGAUCGUUUAAACGUCAAGGGAAAGAGACGAAGCCUGUUUUCGUCCAAGGGAUCCGACGAUAAGAGAAGUUUGCGAGAAGAGGAGACAGUAAUGAUCUCCGAAAGUAAACGAAGACCAUAUGUGAGGAAAGAGCUUAACUUGACUCCUUCAACAAGCCGUAGAACUAAAACUGAUAAAGAGCUUAACACAAUCGAAGAUGAGAUUUCAUGUUCGGAGGAGGAGUUUGGGAGAUCGGAGAAAGAUGAAAAUAAAUCUAAACCUAAAUCCAGAAAGAAUAAGGUUCAAAUUAUUGAAAAGAAGAUAGUACUGCCUCAUUCCAAAGUUGUGAAUGGAAAACGAAGUAAAUUAACGAAAACAGUCAAAGAUUUAAAAACUCGAAUGAUUGUUCACGGUCGAAACUCUGUUCCCUAUGACCAGGAGAACGAGGAGUUUCUCCCGACCUCGUACUCAAGCGUCCCGGAGAUUAUCCAGAGAAAUAUUGCGGAUUUUGUAGAUGUUAAUCCGGGAGAAAAGAGAUUUAUGCGUCUCUGGGACAGUUUCUUAGUAGACAAACCUUAUAUAGGGUUUAUUCAUCUACCAGAUACAAUUUCCAGCUUUAUUCGUUUACAUGGAGCAACUAUAUUCUCACUAAAUCUGUUCAGGAAUUUCAUCAUGUUUCUCUCUGGUUUGGAGCAAAGUGGAAUACUGGAUUCCUGUGCAUUUCUACGGUUGAUUAAUGAACUUCAGGUCGGAGUAGACGAUCCACCUGAUUUAUCGGCAAGCUCAGAGGACAGUUUAAUCCUGGAGCUAUCUGAAGACGAACCGACCCCUACCCAGAGUAUAAACCCCAGCUCAUCUGCCAUUAAAGGGAAGAACGACCCUAUCCCCUCAUCCGUCCCAACAACUGAAAAAGAAGAUAGAUCAGCGUCCUCAGAGGAGAAGCAUGUUCUAUCCAACCCGCUGGCAGAUGAUCAGGAUGAAUUAUUGUCUUGUCUCUUCCUUCCACUCUCAGAUGAUGAGUUCGAACCUUGAUUUAACAUAUUGUUAAGCAUAAAUUAAAAACUUCUUAAAAUGAAAUGAAUGUCUAAUGAAUUUUAAUCAUUUUCUAUGUUUUGUUAGUUUGGUUUCUCUUCUUGUAUUCAAGUAAAAUGCGAAAUAAAAUUAAAAAUUUUGUUA